AUGGCAUUUUCUCGAGCAAGACUUAAAAGAUUCAAUGAGAUGUGUGAAAACACACCUGGAGUUGGAGCCUACAAUUUGACGGCAGAGAAAAAUCACGGUCAGUUGAAAGAACUUGAUCGAUCCAAGUGCUUAAGUAAACUAGACCUCUCAUGCAAGCAGUUGAAGGACAAAGGUUGUGUUGCUGCUGCCAGAGGGGAGUUGCCAAAGCAUGUUGAAGAGCUACACCAACGACUGAGGACAACAGAAGAGAAAAUAAUUGACUUUGAAAUUCUGAAAAUUGGGGCAGAUAAAGAAAGGGAGCUACUGCAGCUUGAGUGUAAAUCCUUGACCAAACAGGUUAGGGAGCUGAAAGAGGCUCUCGGUAAGCUGGAGCUGAUACAAGCACAAAUGGAGGAGAAGCAGGUGAAACUGGAGCAGAAGAAUUCCAAGCUGGAAAGUGAAAAUGAACAGUUUGUCUUAGAGAAAAAAGAUCUAGCUGGGGAAUUAAACAACACCGUCUUGCUAUUGUCUGACUUAAAAUUAGAGAGGAGAGGAAUGGAAAAGAAAACCUGUGAAUUAGAAGAUUUAAAGAAUGUUCUAGAAGAAAAGGUUUCUAGGCUGGAAAAGGACAUGAUACUAUUAGCGGAGGAGAAGGAUGUUCUGACUUCACAAUUUGAAAAUACAGUAUUACUUUCUGCAGAGUUUGAAAUCAAGAUUAGCAGGUUGGAGCAACAGGUUCUUGAAUUCCAAGUAAAUUCUGAGACAGCGACCAAAGAAAAGCAGUCACUGGCGUUACAGCUGAUGGCAGCAGAAGGAAAACUUGCUGGGCAGAGUCUCGAGUUGUUGGACAUGCAUCAAAGGGUGCAGAGUUUAGAACAGAGGAAACAGUCCUUGGAAGACAUGGUGAGCCAGUUGGAAGCUACUAAACAAGAUCUACUCCAUGGCAGAGAUCUGGUUAAUCAAAGUUUAAAAAGCCUGUCUGAUGAACUGGCUGAGUGCCUGGCCAAGCUCAAGAAUGCUGAAGACAGAGUCGAAGCAUCAGACUUUGAACUGCAUGAAAGUAACACCAGGUUUGAAAUCUUGUCCAGAGAAAAGGAUAAAGAGGUGACAGAUCUCCAGGGGAAGAUUUCCGAACUUCAGAAAGAAACAUCUGACCUUCAACAAAAUAUUUCAGAGAUGAAGAAGAUAACUGUUCCUGUGCAGCAAGAGAACAUUCAAUUAGAAAAUAAAGUUAUGUUGCUUGAGGAAGAAUUGAAGACAGCCAUGUUAGAAAUUUCCAGAUGUAAUCUAAUGGUAGUCAACAAGGAACAAGACAUAGAGUGUUAUCAAAAAGAACUGAAAGCGCAGCAAGUUACAAGUGCCAGAGAACAGUUUGAGCUUGAAAACCAAAAUAAGGCACUUUCAGCCAUGCUGGCAACAGCAGAAAAUGAGAUAAAACAUAUGAAAUCAGAGCAUGAAAAAAAAUUAGAAAAUGUAAUCCAACAUCUCAAAGCAGAGUAUGCUGAGAAGUUGCAACUUGAAAUAGCAGUUGUAGAACAACGAGAGCAAGCAUUUAAAGUGCAACAGUCACAUAUGAUGGAGGAGAAGAUGAAGCUGAUCAACUUUGAGAAGGCAGAGUUUGAGAUGUCCCAGCAGAAAUUGUGGGAGGAAAAAUGUAAAUGCUUUGAAGAGGAGAAGAGGAGUUUUGAUGCACAACAGAAGUUGCUUGCAGAGAAAGCCAGUGUCUUGGAAGGUAAAGAAGUUGAAAUAGAGGUACAAAGACAGUUCUUUGCAGAAAAAGUUAAAUCCCUUGAACUGGACAGGAAUAGUUUUGAGGCAGAAAAACAUCACAGGCAGGAUGCCAAGUUGAGAGCUCUGACUGAGGCGGCCGACAUGGAGAGAGAAGGUCUCAAUCAAAUCAUCUUUGAAAUGUCUGAGAAGAUUCAGCAGAUGGAUGAGCAGCACUCGGAGCAGCAAACAGAGACAGACUCUCAGCAGGGCUGGAAAGAUUUGUAUGAGGAGCUGGAGAAAAGAAUGGAACCUUUCAAAGACAUUCUGGACAACUAUGAACUAGAGAGAAAACUCUUGCAAGAUCGGGAUAAGUACACCAGUGAGCAGAUCGAGAAACUGACCAAGGAGAAACUCAAGUACAUGGAGAAGCUCAAGCAAGAACAUGUUGCUCUUCAGAAGAAGUUGUGUGAGUCUCAGGAAGAGCUGCGGAGACAGUUUGCUCUGGUGAAGAAGUACCAAGACAGACUGGAGAAGCUGGAAGGUUCCAGGGACUCCUGUGUCAAGAAAACCCCAGCAAAGCCGACACCUGUCAAACCACCACAAGUUCCACUUAAAGAGAGUAAUCGAUGA